AUGGUGUCAUUUCUAUUUAUGGCAUGGCGGUUGGCGUGAGUUUUGUAGAUCGUUCAGGCUACUUUCGUGCCUUAUAAUAAUUCUGCAAAUACGAUACAAAUAAUCUCACUUUUAUAAAAAUUUUAGAUGUAAGUCAAAUACGCACCGCGUGCAUGUUAUUAAAUUGUGUAAUUUUGUGUAUAUAUAAAUACCCAAGGUCAUUAAACUUUUUUAGGAGGGAUUGGUUUCAAAUGUGAAUUGUGAAUAUCGUGCCUACAGCCUAAAUAAUCCCAAACGUAUUUAUUUUAUUUAUCUCCAAUCUUUCCACUGACAAACAAAGAUGGUAGAUGUUGACAAAUUAACCGAUGCGGAGCUCCGCACCAAGCUCCUGGAAUUUGGAUUCCCUGUAAUGCCCAUAACAGGAACAACCAGGAAGGUUAUGGCAAAAAAACUGAAAAUGCUGUUGGAAAACAAGAACAAGAUUGGUGGUGGAGAAGGUAGAAGAUCCCUGGGUCGUUACUCCAGUGAAGAUGAAAGUGACAAUGAUGCUAAGGUUACUAAAAAGAAGGAUAAUAGAAGAGCUACUAUGGCCGCACCUUUAAUGCAACCACCUGCUUCAAGUCCUAAACUUCGGAAGAGUACAAGAUAUGAUGAUGAGCCAGAGGCACCUCCAAGUCCAGUAAAAAGGGACAUCAGAACAGUAACUACAACUAGCAGUACUCGAUCCCAGAAGAUCAUUAAAAAUGCACAGGAUGAAUUUGACACAGGUUCAGAUUCUGAGUCAGACCUGACUAAUUACAAUUCCAAGGGAUUCAUCUCUGAUCAAAGGGGUUCCCCUCUCAAAUCUACUUUAUCAUCUACAAGCAAAUACUCGCCGUCUAAAUCAGUAGAGAGUUCUUAUUUUUCUACCAAAAACAUAUCAAAUUACGCUAGUGCAUCACCCAGUAGAGUGUCCACCUAUAAUUCACCAUCUUUGGCUUCGGAGUACGCUACAGAUAGAUUGAAUCAAAUCCGUUCCAGGCUGAGUCUCAAUACUCCCAGUUAUGACAAACCAUCUUACACUACAUCGGAAGAUAGAGAGGAAACUCCAUUCUUGAGUAAUUUUACAAAGAAACUGUCAACUCUGUCAUCUCCACAGAAGAAUGACUAUGAUUACAAAAAUGACAUCAUUAAAGAACAUGAUGCCAAUGGAUCUGCAUCUGUCAGAACCCAGUUGAGUAGCUACAGGGCAACUAGGGGCAGAGACACAUCCUACGAUUACCGCCUCAACAAGUACAACAUUCUGCAAAACAAUUUUAUGUCGUUUGGUGUACUUGCCCUAGUAGCAUUAUUUUUUAUAGUCUUAGCCAUCAUGUACAUGGGCAUGAAACCAGACACUUCUGUCAUUUCUUCUGAUUUUACUCUGCCACCGUGCGUUGAAGACGACCCAAACUCUAAAAAAUGGGUAAACUGCAUAUCUAAAAGAGACGCCAAUAACGCGAUGCAUCUAUUAGAGGUCCUAAAACCAGAAUUACAGAAAAGAGCUGAGACCCAUUUUUGCUCAGAUUCAAAAGUGUUUCCUCAAAUGACUGAAUUCGAAAUUGAAGAUUUUUGUGUAUCCAAUUUUGAAGUGAAGAACACUACCCAGGUAUACAAUGACUUGCGCAAUUUGAUGCUGUUGUGCUCUCAAAAUGCACAUUGGGGCAUAAAUGUCGCACAAACCGAUGACAAGGUUAGGUCCAGUAGAGCUGUUACUGAGGAAGAUUUAGUCAAAGAUAUGGAAGAAGUGUUCUUAUAUUCUGACGUAAAACUGACAAGUUUGGUUAUGCUGAAGCCUGACUUACCUUUUAAGUGUUCUUUCGUUAACAGUCUAUCGUCAUGGAAGUCUCUCAUCUACAGCAGUUUUAGUUUAAUAUUCCAAAGUAGCUUAUUUCUCAUAAUCGUUUUUGGAUUGCUGUACACGCUGAACGUAGCCUACAAAUAUUACAAACAUCAUGCCCAACAGGAGAAGGAUGAACUUGGGUUUAUGGUUGAGAGAAUUAUUGAUAUUUUGCAGUCUAAAGCUAGCGAAGACUCAAAUAUGGACGACUUUGUGGUGAUCAACCAUGCUAGAGAUAUGAUUUUACCAGUUGGAGACAGAAAAAAAAAAGCGAGUACUUGGGCAAAAGCCGUGAAGUUUAUAAAUGAAAACGAAUCUCGUGUAAGAACUGAAAUCCAAGAAGUAAAAGGAGAACCGUUCGAAGUAUGGAGAUGGAUUGGAAGCGCCAAUCUUAGCAUGAGCGGGGACGAACCCAGCUUUACGUACCGGCAAGGAAGAAGAAUAGUAGACCCGGAAUUCUUUAUUCGAGAAGUUUUGAAAUUCCCGCACAAAUUCAUGAGGUUUUGCAGCAAUUCUGACAUCACCUUCAAGAGCGAAGUCAGGGACGGAUUCUUAUCGAUUUUUGUUCUAGAAUGUCGUAAAUGUAAAGCUCAACAUUCUGUGUGUAACGAAGAAUCAGAGUCUGAUCUACUGGAUGUUAAUUUGGCAUUUGUAGCCGGUGUAAUCAGUUUGGGGCUUAAUUUUUACGGGUUAAAUGAAAUUUGUAGCUCUUUGCGUAUGCCUCUAGUGCCUUUAGAAAGUUAUAAUGAGUAUUUAGACGAAAUUUAUAAAAUAUACAACGAGACUACGUACAAAGAUGACAGUUUAAGUAAGAUUGGUGAUGAUUCGGUUACAAAAGAGCAAGAUAUUGAAACUUUAGGCUUGGAACAUCCAACUUUGAGAACCUCGACACCUAAAAUACCAAAUACUAAUAAUUUAAACCAAAGAAAGCUAAGCCCUAGAUCUAAUAUACCGAAACCACAGCUUAGAUCAGAUACAUACGAAGAGAAAAAAACUAGAUUUUUGAAAGCCUUGGAGAAAACACCACAGGAAAUAGAUGAACUGCAAAAAAUGACGUUGGACCAAAAAGAUAGUUCAGUGUGGGUUAAAGAGAGAAGGCAAAGACUGACAGCUUCAAAUUUCGGUCGCAUCUGUAAACUUAGAGAUUCCACUGACAGGAAAAAUGUCGUCGAAGAACUCUUGAACAGCAAAUUUUUUGGCAACAAGUAUACGAAAUACGGGAACGAUAAUGAGCCAAAUGCCUUGAAAGAUUUCGAAAAACUGCUAGGGGUGAAAGUGGUCAAUUGUGGAGUAUUCGUUAGCAAAGAUUACCCAUUUUUAGCCGCUUCUCCUGAUGGUUUGAUAGGAAAAGACGGUCUUGUGGAAAUCAAAUGUCCUUAUAAGUCGCAGAACGUAACACCAGAAGAAGGGAUCAGAUCGAAGUUGAUACAGUGUGCUACUUUGGAAAAUAACGUCUUUAAGCUGAAAAGGGAGGACAAAUAUUAUUACCAAGUGCAAGGGCAGCUUUUUGUUACCGGUAGACAGUAUUGUUACUUCGUAGUUUGGACACCGUUAGGGUUGUUGUACGAAAGGAUUAUUAAGGAUGAACAAUUUUGGAAUAAUGAGUUGCAAAAACUGGAAGAGUUUUAUUUUGACCAUCUCUUACCUGCUCUUUUAACAGAAAAUUAAGAGUGUUCUUCAAAAUAGCUCAAAAUAGUUGCAAUCUAUUCAAAAAUAAGUAUUCUAAUUUUAUUAAAGUAUUUAGAAAGUAUGUGUGGAGAUUCUUAAACUUUAAUUGAGUAGCGAGGAAUGAAUCUUGAUCGUUUUUCAAUAAUCAUAUUGUUACAUGUCAUUACGUAUCGUAACAUUACGUAGUUAGCUUCUUGGUGACAUGUCAAAUUAGUUAUAUCGUUGCAGCUGCAUCAUGGCUACUAUUCAUUAUAGUCCAAGAGGCAGCGCUGAAAAAUCUUUUUUAAUUUACUAAAGCUAAAUUUUUCACAGUUGAUUACUGGGAUUGUGUAGAGAAACAUACUGCGGUCGGUCAAGCGAAACGUAGAACAGGGGUUACUGAGAGGGUAUCAAAGUUGCUUUCCUACGAAGGUAAUUAAAUCCAUUUACUAAGGCUGAAAAUCAGUACACACAUUCUAAAUUAAAUAUAAAUAAAAAUUAUUGUCGGUCAGCUGUAUGACGGGACAGAGCCGGCCGGUCGCAACCAGUGAAUGUACAGGGUUAUUCACUAUGUUUUAACCCCCUUUGUAAACUGCUUUAUUUACAGAAUUCGAAAAAAAUGUAAAAUACAAAAGUUAUUCGAUUUUUAAAUUAUGAUUUUUUGACAUAUAUAUCGUACUAGUGACGUCAUCCAUUUGGGCGUGAUGACGUAAUCGACUAUUUUUUUAAAUGGGAAUAGGGGUCGAGUGCUAGCUCAUUUGAAAGGUUAUUCAAUUCCAUAUUCAGUAAUAUAAACAUUAACAUGAUUAAUUAUACAGGGUCUCCAAAAAAAAUUUUUUUAAAUUAAAUUAAUUGUUUAAUUAAUAAUUCAAAACCUUUUUUUGGGCACCCUGUAUAAAUAAUGAUCUUAAUGUUUACAGCACUGUAUAGAGAAUUAAAUAACCUUUCAAAUGAGCUAGCACACGACCCCUAUUCUCAUGUAAAAAAAAUGGUCGAUUACGUAAUCACGCCCAGAUGGAUGACGUCACUAGUACGAUAUAUAUGUCAAAAAAUGUAACUAAAAAGUCGAAUAACUUUUGUAUUUUACAUUUUUUUCUAAUUCUGUAAAUAAAGCAGUUUACAACGGGGUCAAAAUAUAGUGGAUAACCCUGUACAUUCAUUGGGGCCGACCGACCGGCUCUGUCCCGUCAUACAACUGACCGACUAUAAUAACUUUUAUUUAUAUUCAAUUUAGAAUGUGUAUACUGAUUUUCAGCCUUAGUAAAUGGAUUUAAUUACCUUCGUAGGAAAGCAACUUUGAUACCCUCUCAGUAAUCCCUGUUCUACGUUUCGCUUAACCGACCGCAGUAUGUUUCUCUACACAAUCACAGUAAUCAACUGUGAAAUAACAAGCUUUAGUAAAUUCAAAGAGAUUUUUCAGCGCUGCCUCUCCGUCUAUUAUAGCAAGUUUUCAAUUGAAAACCAUAUUUUCAAAAUUAUUCUAACGUGAAUAUGACGGUGGGCUCGUUUAGAAUCAAUAUAAUAUGGAGCUAAUCUCAAAAUAAUUGUACCUUACGCCACGCCAUUAUGGUGUGUAAUAUUAUGAUUUCGACUAUAGUUUCAUCGUUUGUUGCAAAACGAACUACAUAUUAAGUUUGGGAGCAGAAAAUAUCACAAACAGCUAAAUCUGACGAGUAGGGUGGGCGAACGAUAACUCGGUAUCAGUUGUCGUGACCGAAGACUAUUAACACCAAAAUAUUGUAGUGCUUGCUUCAAGGGGUAGUCCCCCGUUAAGAUAAACAAAAUGCCUUCGCUCCUAUCAUUAAAUUAUUUUAAUUUUUUUUACGUUCUAUAUAUUUAAAAAGUUAGGCUCACUGCAAUUUUAACCCAUCGCGUAUCAACCAAGCAUUACAAAAGCUUUUCGCAUGUUUCAAGAAAUCACUAUAGCUUUUCUGAAUAUGGGAAAUACAUCGUCUUAUGUUAUUUUAUAACGUUUUUGAAAGCAUGAUGUUUAAUUAUGUAGAAAGGUAAUCCAGUUGGAUAAAUCUAGUAAUAGUGGAGUCAUUGAAGGUGGAUAUGAGCUAUUGCCUCCGAUUUCGUUGAACCUCCAUCGAUUUUCAUGAAAAUUGGUGAGUAGUUAGAGAAUACCUCAAGGAACAAAGGUGACAUGAUGCCAACUUGCGCUUUUAUCCUGGGGGUGGAUGCCACCCCUUCUCGGGGGUGAAAAUUAUUUUAAUUAAAAUAAUACUAUAAAUCGAUAGAAUUAAUAAUACUAUAAAUCGAUAGACGGACAAAUUAUAAGUAAAAUUUGUUAUAUAAAGUUAUUAAAAUAAAUCAAAACUUUUUGAGUUAUUAAACAUUAAACAUAAGUUUUUAGAAAAAACUUAUUAAAUUGAAGCUAAUAAAAAAUGAAAUAAACUAGUUACUAAAAAGACAUUUUAGUUUUAAUUUAAAGUGAGUUAUAGGUAAUUGAAUGUAUAUUUUUUUCGGCGAGUCCCCAAAUCCAAAUAUUCAAUCUUAAAUAACGGGUAUAUUUGAAUGGGAAAUAAGCCACAAUUUUACCUAAAAAUGAUUUUAUUAACGUUUCGACGCCCAAGUCGGGUGUCGUUGUCAAAAUACAAAAUAAUACUAAAUAAAUAAAAAUGUUGUUGCUUAGUAAAAAAUUCUUCUAAUAAUUUAUUUAAUCUGACUCAUUUAUAUCGGCAAUUCAGACACGUAUUAUACAUUUUAAAGUAGACGACUUUAAAAUGAUAUUGCCAAUAUUGAUGAGUUGCGUUCCUGGGACGACUUUACUAAAAGAUAGUUCAUUCGAUUACAUGAAAUCAAUCCCAACUCAAGAAUAUCCGCCACAAAAAAUCAUAGCAUGUAAUCUGUCUUUAAAAAGACAACCAAAUGAAACGGUGGCACUGAAAUUCUCGCGUUAGAGAUUUCAUAGUAAAUCACGAGGGAAAACCAGGAAAAACCUCGUGAUACUAUCCCGACAUCGUAAGUAUUUGGGUUUACAUUUAGUUUACUCUCAAAACUAAUACCAAAUUCUGACUUGAUAUUUUAAAUUUUAAAUAAUACUAAAAUACUAAAUAUGUACUAACUCGAUAUGUUACUGAUUUACUAAUUGUGGUAUUUUCUUUCUAUUGACUUCCUCCUUUAAUAUGGGUAACCACAUCCUACUGCAUUCUACCGAGGAAUUUGCGACACAAUUGGUUUCAUUUAGCAUAAUUAGAGCCGCUUCUUUGAUUUUUCUCUUUUUACUAUCUGCUUCUUUUAGGACUAUACUUGAAUCUCUCCACUGAACUCUAUGUUCAUUAUCCCAUGCGUGUUGACAUAUUUGAGAUCUAUCAAAUUCUCUAUUUUUUAUAUAAGACUGAUGUUCAUUUACUCUAACGUCUAUUGGUCUUGACGUUUCACCUAUAUAAAACUGUUCGCAUUCACAAGGUAUUUUAUAAAUACAAUUCUUUGUUCUUUCUUGUUCACUGUUAGGUUUAGUUUUAGAUAGAAUAGAUCUCAAAGUGUUUGUUGUUUUGAAUGUUGUUGAUAUGUUGAAUUUAUUUCCCUAUUGUUUUAAGUUUCUCGGAUAGUCCUUUUACAUAUGGUAUUGAUAUUUUCCUCGUAUUAUUUCUUGUGAAUGUUGUAGGAUCCCGUUCUAAGUUGUUCUGUUCCAUUCGAUCCAAUCUUGACAAUUCCUUAUUUAUAAACGAUAUGGGAUAAUCAUUUUUUAAUAAAACAGAUGUUAACAAUUGUUUUUCUUCUAAAAAUGAAUUUUCGUUAGAACAAGUAAUUUUGGCUCUAUCAUAUAAGGAUUUAAUGAUUCCCUUUUUAACGUUGAUGUUAUGAUUUGAUAUAUUAAUAUAUGAUGAAUUGCCGAUAUAAAUGAGUCAGAUUAAAUAAAUUAUUAGAAGAAUUUUUUACUAAGCAACAACAUUUUUAUUUAUUUAGUAUUAUUUUGUAUUUUGACAACGACACCCGACUUGGGCGUCGAAACGUUAAUAAAAUCAUUUUUAGGUAAAAUUGUGGCUUAUUUCCCAUUUAAAUAUACUUGAUUAUAAAAAUGCCACAAGAAAAUAGCUUCAGAACAACAUUAAAUAACGGGAAAACUAUGCAUUUUAUAAUAUAAAGUAUUAAACAUUUGUCAAAGUACUUAAACAUAUAUAUCAAAUGAGUCCCCGAACAAGUUGAUAGCUUUAAAAGUUUAUGCACCAAAAAUUUUUCAAAAUUUAUCUUUUAAAAAUUUUUCCAAAAACUGGUGUUGUUUUUUUUUAAUAACUCCGUCAGUUUUUACGAUAUCAAGUUCACCUAAAAACCAUUUGAAAGCUAAUCUCAAGGGAUAAUAAACGAAGUCAAAUUUAUCCUUUUAACCCUCUUACUUUUUUAAAAAUAAAUGGUUAAAUACUCCCGAUUACAUGGUUGUCGCAGCAAAAUUUAACAUUUAAACGUUUCUAUCUCGGUUAUUUUUUACCCUAGGGAAAUAGUAAAAACAGUAGAAUAUUUGAUACAGAAAAAACUAAAAUUUGGUUGAAUAUCAUUUUUUACGUAUAUUGAGUAUUUUUGGAGUUAUUAUCAAAAGAAAAUGAAAAUUACAAUAAUUUUAAAAAUUCAGAUUUUCUUAAAUUAUAUCUUUUUUUCAAAAAUAUGCAUUCUAAACCGGUCAAAAUUAUUGAAAUCAUUACUUAUGCUUAUAUAAAGAAAUUGUAUAAGGAUUACUAUAAAUUUUAAUUUUUGUGGAAAUGGCGUAUGUUUUAUUUUUCACUUUUUCCUAAAAAAUUCGAAAGGGCUCUCUUAUUUUUAUCAUAACUUGCUUAAUUUUGAUGCUAUUAACUUCUCCUGGAGCUCAUUUGAUAGGUAUUCCGAAGUACUUUGAUAAGUGCAUUGCACGUAUAUUUUAUAAAAUGGAUCGUUUUUCGAUUAAGCUUGAAUACUUAGAUUUGAGUACUCGUCUAAAAAAUAUACAUUCAAUUACCCCUAACUCACUUUCAAUUAACAUUAGUUUAGUUUUUUAAGCGAGAAGUUUAUUUCGUUUUUCAUUAGCUUCAAUUUCGGUAAUUAGAACUUUUUUGUAAAAACUUAUAGUUUUUGAGUUAUUUAUGAAAACUCGGUCAAAAACUUGGAUUUGUCUCACGAAAAAUUAAAAUUUCUGACGUUUAAUAACUCAAAAAGUUUUGAUUUAUUUUAUUAACUUUAUAUAACAAAUUUUGCUUAGAAUCUGACCCUCUAUCGAUUUAUGGUAUUAUUUUUAAUAAAAUAAUUUUUACCCCCGAGAAGGGGUGGAAUCAACCCCCAGGAUAAAAGCGCAAGUUGGCAUCAUGUCACCUUUGUUCCUUUGAGGUUCCUUUGCAAUUUUCAUGCAAAUCGAUGGAGGUUCAACGAAAUCGGAGGCGAAAACCUUCAGUGACUGCACUAUAAAAAGCACCAAAUAACCCGUAAAAUGCUGGUUUUUGUUAUAAACGAUGGUAUUAUUUGCUUCUUUGAGACCCAAUACUUUUUCAUAUUAUUUUGAUAUAAUUUGGAGACUAUUGAUUUAGGUUAUUAUUACUUACUUUACUCCUCUUGGUUCCAUUUGGAACAUAGGGCCUCCAUUCAUCUCUGUUUCUGGCCAGGGCCUUCACCUCUUUCCAUGUUAACCCGUUGUCUUCUAGCUCUCUGGUAAUAUUUAUUUUCCAGGAUGUCAUUGGUCUGCCUUGUUUUCUUUUUCCAGUUGGUUGGUAAUCCAGGGCUUGUUUGGUUAUAUCAUCUUCAUUUUUCCUUAAUGUUUGUCCAAUAAACUUCCAUUUGCGUCUAUUUAUCGUUUCGGCUAUGGGCUCUUGAUUAGUUUUUCUCCAAAGUUCCUUAUUAUUUAUCCGAUUUGGCCAAUAUAUUUUCAAUAUUCGACUGAGGCAUGGAUUUACAAAUGUUUGAACCUUUUGUAUAAUAUUUUUCUCUAAUUUCAAAGUUUAUGCUGCAUAUACCAAAAUGCUCUUACAUUACAUUUGUAUUAAAUAUUCUGAUUUUGGUUUUGGCUGUUAAUUUAUUGGACUCCCAUGUUUUCUUCAGCAUAUAGAGCGCAUUAUGGGCUUUGGUUAUCCUUCCAUUGAUUUCUUCUUCUAUUCCACCGCUAGCAUCAAUUGAGGGGGUUAGAAGUAAAAGGGAUUAACCGCUUAACGUGCUUACCCGAGUUAACUCGGUUUUAAACUACGUUUCUAUUUUCUCUUAACCGAGUUAACUCGUGUUUAAAAUAUUUGUACGAUAUAUAAAGCGCCUACGUGUUUUAACUCCUCUAGCGCUAAAUAACGGUAUCCCCACUUGCAUGGGCGGUCAUACCUAUGGGAAGGGGGGGUCCGUGGCCCCCUAGCUUUUCGGGUGCUUUAAACUAUAUAUGGUUAUCCAAAGUAUAUGAAAUGUAAUCUGCAACAUCUUCACGUCUGCCCCCCCUAAAAAUUUUUAUAUGGGCGCCCGUGCCCACUUGUUUUUUCGUUUCUAAUUUUAAACUUUCUACGAUCGACUGGGAUGGGAUCACGAUGAGUAGAAUUCUAUUUUGCUGACGUCACGUUCUGCCCUGACUGUGACGUACCUCUGUGUGUAACCCCUUGUUUUAGAGUGUUUCACACUGUUAGCAAUAUUUAACAUUUUUAUACUUGAAUAAUUGCGAUUUUCUUCUCUUACUUGUAGUAUUUUGUAUGUAAAAAGUUACGACCGAGUUAACUCGGGUGAGCGCAUGACGGUAUUUGAUAUUUUAUAUUUUUCUAAAAAAAAUAUGCGUUUUUUUACUUUAGAUUAUAUCUAGUGACAAUAGUCUUGUUCGUAGUUUAUUUUACUAUAAUAAAAUAAAUAGGUAAUUUUUUGACGUAUUUUUGCAAAUAAUUGUGUGCGUUAAGCGGUUAAGUGCACUUUUUUAAAAUUUUACUCUAAGUACAGAUUCGCAUACUUAAAUGGUAUUAGAACUUGAUGCUAAAACGAUUUAAGCAUAUUUCGUCCUACAGUCGCCAUCUAUCGCCAUUACAUUUAGUUCACUGAAAACAAUUACAGUUUGCUUUGGUAGUAAACAGGUUUAACCAUGCGCUUGAACCGUUUUACCACAAAACUAUUUUUAGUAUUAUGUAAAAAAAAUAGUAAUAAACGGGUUUAAGUGCGCUUGAACCAUUUUACCACAAAACUAUUUUUAGUAUUCUGUAAUGUGUAAACACGUGAAUACAGGGUUAAUUUCAAGUAAAUAAAUAUUAGAUUUGCGACCAAUUUUGAAGACUAAUUAAGUAUUAUGCAACGUGCCAGUUGUAGUUUGUAGUUACACUGUGGAUAACAGCUGGGACAAAAAUGAUAUGUAGUUGAAAUCUGCACUUAAACCGUUUUACCAGUAACAUUUAUCAACACCAUGUACCGAUUCAAGUACAUUUUUUUAAUAAUUGAAAAAAAAGAAGGAUAUAGUAAGACUAAUAAUAUACCCUUAUAUUUUUAUCAUUUUAUAGUACAUUGUACACUGGAUAUAUUUUAGUUUAAUGACUCCUAGAAUUUAUAAAACUCAAACAACUUUGAAGCUGAUUAUCUCAGAACUAUCAAAACUGCACUUAAACCCUUUUACGUCUGGCCCCCUCAAUUAUGCUUCCCAUAUAGCAAAACUUCUGUUCAUUUUCUACUUCUUCUCCUUCAAUGAAUAUCCCCAUCUCUUUCAGUAUUUAUCUUCAUAAGUUAGGUUCAUUUUGCGUAUCUUAACGGAGGAUACUCUUUGGAUAGACGUCAUACGUUGGAUGAUAUAUGUCAAAAUUAGACAGAUGUCAUAUGUUGUAUUAGAGAUCUCAAAAUUGACAGCAAUUAACUAUCAUAUAACGUCAUAAAUUGUACGAUAUUCAACAGAAUGUAGGCUUUACUCAAUCUGUUUAAAAAUAUGAAAGAAUUUUGUUUUAAAACGCUUUGUUUGUAUGUUACCAUGUGAAGUAUACUAAGGCUGUGUUUUGCCUAUAUUCAGGUCAUAAAGAGAUUAUUUUUAGUUUUUACGUUAGAGAUUUAGAUUUACGUUAAUGUUGGUUAGUAAAUAAUCACAGCGUAUUUAAUAAAAGACCAGAAUAAGCCUGGUAUCUUAUUAAAUAAUCUUUGUUGUAACCAAAAUACUAUGUUUUGACUUAAAAACAUUGUUUGAUUUGAGUGCAAGACUUUUUUAUUUUUUAUGUAUUUUAUUAUAUAACAUUUUAACAUAAAAUAUAUAAGCAUUUAUAUACAUAAGCAAAUAUAUUGUAGAAUAGGUUAACAAAGUGUGUUUUGUUUGAAAAGUAUAACCAAGUUUUCGAAUAUAGUCAAUGCGUUGUGUUUAUUUAUACAUCAUGGUAUUAGUUUUCCAAUAAAUUGUUUAAAAAUU